CGCAUAAAAGCAACAUCACCCUCCAAAAUCGAGAAGAAGUAGUCCCUACGGUAAUGGAGGAGAAGGAGAAACGAUCAAAGGCUCACUCAUGGAACCCUAACCCUAACCCUAAAUCCAACGCCACAACAAUGAAGAAGAAGCACGACUUCGAGUAUUGCACGGUUUGCAAGCUGAAUCACGACCAAGGUCCGAGCCACAAGUACAUCCCCAGCCACACCAAGUCCCUCUCUACUUUCCUCUCUCGCUUCCAGGCCAAGCUCUCCGACGUCGUUUUCUUCCUCAAAAACCCUACCUUCCUCCGCCUCGAACACGCCGCUCGCAACCGCCUCUGGUGCGUCUUUUGCGAUUUCGACAUUGACGAGCGAGAUAGCUCCUUCGCUUGUGGCAAUGCAAUUAAUCACCUUGCGAGUGCCGAACAUCUGAAGAAUUUGAAGCACUUUUUGUGGAAAUACGGUGGAGGAAUGGAUUCUGUAGAUAAAUUCAGGAUAUCGGAAGCUGACCUUGCUAAGUGGGAGAAGAAGUGCAAGUCAUUGAAGAGUGAAGCUAUUUCUGGAGGACCAAUGCCAGGACCUUCAAAUGAUAUCCAUAAUAAACUUGAAUAUGGAAUUUUAGAUACUUUUGAAAAUAAUAGUAGUUCAAGUUUUUCAAAUGGUGUUAUGCCUUUACUAUAUCAUACAAACGAGAAUCAGGUAUCCCAUUCUGGACUUUCUCAAGUUGCAAAUGUUGGCUGCUUUGUGCAAGAUGUUACUACCUCCUCUUCUAUAAAUUCCCAAGGUUUAACAGUUAGUAGCCAGGGUUCUCUUAUUUCUAAUGGUAAUAAAGGCUCAGCUGACGGCAAUUUCAAUAAUGAAAGGAUGAACAAGGUGUAUCAGCACGGAAGAAUGACAAUAGGACAGAGCAGUUCUCAAGGUGUUCAGAAUCUCACUCAAAUUCCUUCCAAGGGUCCGAAAGAGGCCAGUGGAAAUGUGUAUACUGGAGCACUUCCUCCUUGGUUUGCAGCAGAUGAAGAAAAUCAGCUUAGUAUUCCAAGACAACCAGUUUCUGGUACCCUUCUUCCUCCGUCAAAUAAGUCAGGGAAGUCCAAGAAAUUAAACCCAAAACGAGUGGGAGCAGCUUGGGCAGAGAGGAGAAAGAGGGAGCUGGAGAUGGAACAAAGGGGUGAGAUUGUCAAGAGCGAUUAUGAUGCUAAUUGGCUCCCCAAUUUUGGUGGAGUUUGGCAAUCUGGUACCCGGAAAGAGACUAAAAAAGAAUUUGAGUUGGAGAAACUUAAUUUAGUUAAGGUUGAAAGUCAAUCUGAGAUGCCAAUCAAGAUACAGCCUUACGUCAGCAAAAGGAUGCGAACUGGUGCGAGUGAAUAAUUCUGUGAUUAUGAGUUGAUGAUUUUUCCGAAGACGCACAUCAGGGAGAACCACUAUGCAGAUAAUCUACCUUUUUUCUCAUGAGUUUCGGUAGAUGCCAAAUUGAGCUGAAAAUUUGAAGGAAAGAAAGGAGCACUGGUGUGAUCAGUUUUUAGGCUAUUGUACAAGAUAGAGCUGUAAGUUCAAAUGCGCUCAUAGUAAUUGAAUCAGAUGUAUGCAAUGUGAAUUUUUUCCCUGAGAAAUAUAUUCAACCUGAUUUUUUUUUUUUCAUGUCAUGCAUGUUGAACAUGAGAAAGAUAUCAGGUUUUGGAUCAAUCAAUAGAUUAUUUGUGUUGACAAAGUUUGCGUCAAUGAUCACGCAUUCACAACAAUGGUUUCUAACUGCAAAAACUGGCACCUUUGACAUGUCACCUUAAUUAGAAAUGUAUUAGGAACUGGAAAUUACAGCCUGUAGGCUUGCACUUGGAUUGCAGAUUCUAACUUCUACAUUUUCACAUGCUAGUCAUCCAUAGAUAGAUACACAGAUGUAGGCACAAAAAAUAGUUCUUAUUUACAUAUAAAUAAAAUAAAAGAAGUGAGAAAAUCUUUUUCUACUAGGUCUGUAUAUAUCAAUAGAUAGGAGCUCCACUCUACUUAUAUUUGCAAAUCCCACAACUUCAAAUAACUGUCUUUCUAUCUGGAAAUAACUUGAAAUUCCCCUCUAACUCAUGGCAGUGAUAAAAAUGCUGAGCUCAUUCAUGAAAAAGCUGCCAUCGCAUCUGGUCUUCUACCUUUCUUGUUGCACUAUUGAAAACCUCAACAAUGAUAUAAGCUUGUCUCUACAGAUGGGGGGGGGGGGGGGGGGGGGAAA